CAAUCAGACCCUGGAAGGUACACUCAGGAGAAGUCACGUUUUACGUUUACUCACAAAGACAGUUCAGGCUCUCUUGCUUCAGUCAAGUCAGUCUCAAGUUUAGAGUCAUGUGGCAAUGGUUUGGCAGAUGAAGAGCUCUUGGAAGCAGCUGAGAUACCCCUUGAUGGCCGUGUGUUCCUGAGUGUGAGCGUCCCCUCAACAGAAGUUCAUACUGAGCCAGGAGGAUCGCAGUACACACUCUAUACUAUUCAGUAUGAUGCUAUUUACUUGUGUGAGAGUGCGGCAACACCCCAGACAGAAGGGGCAGAGGAGGUGGCAAAAGAACCUUUAGCUGUUCCAGAACCACGGAUGGUACUUCAAACAAACUGUGUGAAGAGGAGAUUUCGUGAGUUCCUGACCUUGCAUGCUGCUUUGGAGGAAGAUUCCAGACUACGAACAGCAAUGAAGGGAGUCAAGGGGCCCAAUAAAUGGCUCAACUUACCCUUCAGCAAGUUGGACUCCACAACCAUUGCUACACGGAAGCAGUUCCUUGAAAAAUAUCUCCAGUCAGUGAUCCAGAGGCCAGAGGUGAAUAUAUCAACCCCAGUCAAGGAGUUCCUUGCGUAUGGAUCAGACUCUUCUGUCUCAUUUGUCAAGAAACCCCUGGAAUUGCAUGUUCCUCGUCUGGACAAGCUCCUGGCAAAGACAGUAUCAGGUGUCUUCCAUAGCCUUAAAACGGCUCUUCCGAGCUUUGAGUCCUCAGACACAAGCACAGCAGGAGAGUCUGCAGGGAACCUUGGGGUGAAUGGAGGUGCAGGUGGAGAUGGCAUGUUGAAAAGCAAGAGUGGAGGGGUCCUCAGUGAACGAAACAAACUGGCUGCCUUUCUCUCCAGUGGUAACAAAGCAGAGUAUGAGCUGAAACUGGAUAUCACCGCAGAGGAAGAGGAAUGCCAGAUUGAAGAAGCAUUAAUGGUUGAAAUUUCUGGCUCCGACAAGGAUGAGUUAGUGGACACAGCAUAUGAAGCCAGAGAGUCACGCAACCUCUUCUCUCCCGUUCUCUAUAAAAGGAUUCAGCUCCAACAGCAACAGGAGGAGCAACAGUCAGUACAGCAACAACCUCCAGAACAGCAGCUUCACCAGCACCAGCUUUCUGUUGUUGUGGGGAGAGGAAGUGCUGCGUAUGCUGCCCCUCCCUCACCUGCCUUCCAUGCAGUGCCACCUCCAAGUGCCAUAUCUAAAGAGGAAGCUUGUGAUCCUCUGGCCCUGACAAGGAGAGAGAGCCAAGAAGAUUCUCCAAAUGAAGGAGAGGAGGACUGUGCCUGGCAGAAAUGGCCCCUCUCUGUGGGUGUAAUGGAUGCUGUGGUGGAGAUCCUCUCGCCUUCAGAUCACCCAAUCACUCAUCAGCCCUGUGUUACUCUUCUCACCCUCACUGCUGCACGAAUUACUCACAGAUGGCUACAGGCAGAAUUGGAGCGCUUAUCUUCUGAGCCUCAAAUGACUGAGUAUAUCCAUGCCUUGAGAGAAGCAAUUCUCAGCGCUGAAGAGAGAACACCAGAACCAGAACUCAGUGAUAUAGAGGCAUCUCGGAUACAGCUUCAGGAAGCUCUGAGCAACUUUGUUCCUGGGUUCUUGAAGAUGAUGCUAGGCAAGGAGCUGACACAGCAGGCAAUCAUGCGCAUGAUUGACUCAAUCCAGUACCCAACUGUGACAGCAGACCUGGCCCUCCACAUCCUAGACCUCCUGGUCAUCCGACUGAUCCCUGUUGCUCCACUCAUGCUUUGAACCACUGCCGAGGGUGCCCAAGGAAGCCCUCAACUAGAACAGUGCCACAUGUGAUAGAAAUAGAGUGUUAGCAGAAGUGUCUGCAGACAGUGUAUUGUUGGUUCCUUAUGAAAUUGAAAUGGAAUCUGAUGAUUACUGGUGUUAUCGUAAUCAGUAUACUUUGACAUCCUUCAUUUUCAUGCACUCUGAUCUUAUUUAUGGCUAGUUCAUCCUUGAAAAUGAUGAAUUGGCUGAACUUGGAGUUAAACUGGUAAUUUGCCAUUUGAUAAUCUACAUAAAGCGUAAUGCGUGAAAGAAAAAGGAAGUGUUGUUUGUUUUACUGGAUUAUGGUAUAUGUGAUUAUGUAUUGGAAAUGAUAUAGCUACCCAAUUUAUUUGAGACUAAACAGUCAAUUACUGUUGCAUAAGGAUCAGUAUUGUUUGUUCAGUUAUUAUCUGACAGACAUGAAGAUAUACUUAUCAGUCACUGAAGGAAAUCCAGGAUUUUUAAUUCUUUAAUGUUACAGAGGAUGCAUGAUCCUGGAAACGGAAGUCUGGUAUCAAAUGACAGCCUAAGAAUGUGUUUUGUUGCAUGUAUAAAUGUAUUGGGAAUUAUAAAGAAAUACAUGAAGGAGAAACAGAAAGAAAGGAAAGAAGAAAAAUAAUAAGGACCAUAAGGGAAAUAUAUAAGCUCGAGUUUCUUCUGGUAAUCAGUGCUUUGGAUCUCUCUGUCUUCCUCUCAGGAACAUGUAUGUCUGUAAAAGCAGAGACGGUAUUGUGGCCCUUGUACAAGCACAGCUGAGUAACAAAGGAAACAUAUCUCCCCAUCCCCCCAAAUAAUGAAUUCUAGCCAUGUGGUUUUCUGUCAGUCUUGCUCUUUUUUGCUUUUGUGGCAUAUUUAUUUAGUAAAUCUUUUUCCUAAAAGUGGCACUAUCUCUAAAUCCAUUAUUAAAGGAAUUAGUAUUAAUUUUGUUGUUUAGUUUGUUUGUUUUUUGUUCUUCCUGCCAUCAUUUUGCCAUCUUUAUCAUUAUGAAAUCAUGGAAUCAUCAUCACUGUCACUGUCAUAUCACCACAGUCAUUGUCAUGUUUUUUUCAUUGCUAUUUUUGUCAUUAUUGGUGUGACUUUUGUCUGAUAGUUUUAACCUAUACUAGUCUCAGUAUUUAUUUUUCUGUUUUGUUAUUUAACUGUUUACCUGUUAAUACAAUAGUUGAUGAUAGGAUGAUAGCAGAUUGCGUACAGCUGUAUUUGAAUUUGCAUUUAAUUUUUCUAAUAUUUUUAUUAUAUUCUAUUUAUUUACAUUCAUUCUUGAUUUUUAUAAUUAUUUUGUGUUUUGAAUUAAUGUGGUUUCAAAUAAUCAAGUGUGUAGUCUUUUUUUGAAGAGUCAUUAUACGUUAACACAAUAUUUGUGUCAUCCCUUUCCACUUGGUUUUGUUUCUGUGAGGUAUUGAAUCUGAAGGGUUUAAAGCAUUACACAAUGUUAAUAUAAAUCUGUUCUGUGAUUCUUGUAGAUAAUAGAUGUAAAACUCUUUUUUUUUGUUUCUUGUAAUUCAUGCCUCUGCUACUGCAGUGUGUCUCUCUUAAGUUAGGAUUGAAGAAGGAUUAUGAUGAUAAAUUACACACUUUUUAUUGACACAUAACUAGGGUUACUAAAUACUUUUGGUGUCUUUCCUUAUCGAAAACAAAGUCCAGUGAUGAUCUCUCUGUCUGUCCCUGUCUGUCUUUCUCCAUCUUGCUGUCUCUUCCUGUCUCUCUGUGUCUUUGUCUCACUGCCUCUGUAUACCUCUCUGUCUUUGUCUCUCUUUUGUUCUUUUUUCCUUGAAAUGGACCCCAACUUUUUCCCUAGUAGACAAAGAUCUCACAACACCGCAACUUCCAAAUCCAGAGGUCUGCUAGCAUUGGAACAAAUCUCACCAUUUUUCCAGCCUGCAGAGUGUGGCUCAAUCUUUGGCCACCAGAAGGAUCAGAAGUCGGUCCCAAGUAUAUAUUUCUAUGUGUCAUGCUAGUUUAUUGAGUGGACAGUAUAGUUCAGUGUGUGAUAGAAAGCAUUUUGUACAAAGUAGAAUAAUGCUAUAUAAGUAGUCUGUUUGGUUAUAUGUUUCUAUAGAAAGCUGAAAAUUCACGAAAACAGUGAUGUAUAUUUUAAGUCUAUGUCUGUAGUACUGCAUUUAGUUGAGAAAUCAUUACACUGAUAGUAAACGUAGGCAAUAUUUAAGGAGCUCCAAAUGUAGCAUAGUCAGUAUAUAUAGAUAUGAAAAUAAUUUGUAAUGGUUUAGUAUAUGUAGAUAUGAUAGAUUUCUAUUUUGUGAAAAAGAAACAAGCAUCAUGAAUAGUUAAUUUCUUGCAGAGAAGUGUAUGCUGUGUGUCCAUAUAUAAAUCAUUAUAAUGUAGCAUUAAUUGAAUGUAUGACACUGGUAAAUGGGAGAAUAGCUUUAAGAUUUCUUCUAUGUGAAUAUAUAAAUAAUUAAUGAUUCUAACCUAAUGAAAAAAAAAAUCAUAAAAUGUUAUUAGAUAAAAAUUAUUGUUUACAGGAGUUUAAGAAUAUUGAAGCAAAUUCGACCCUCAUCCCUUUUGACACCUUUUUGUGUUUGCUUGUUUGUAAAGUUCAUCUUUAUUUGAGCAAGAACAUAGAACUGGCAACCUUCAAAGUAUCAUUACACUGUCUGUUAAAAAGAGAAUAUGCGAGUAUAAUGUUGAAUCUCUUCUGUUUUCAGUUCUUCAAGUUCUUAUGUAUCUCUGAUAUCAAUGAGCCUACCUCCCCUAAUUAACAAUGAAUAUAGAGACCUCAGACCAGAACCGUGAACUGAGCAGCUUGUAUUUUGCACAUGGAUUUCAACUUGCCUUUGGAACUGAUGUCAUGUGUUUGCUUUGAUGCUGUGUAUGCAAGCACCACUUUUAGCUCAAGGAAGGUGAUGCUGAUUCAGACCUGUUGAACGUGAACACAAUAAUGCAAGGGCUUCCUUCUGCACUGAUCCCUGGUGGUCCAGUGCCUUUCUCCAUAUUUUUCUCCCCCUUUAGACUUAUAUUCUGGUAGAGUUUUUUUAUACCCAGCUGAUGUCAGAAUACACAAGAAACAUAAUUGUACGAUAAUAUGGAGUACGAACACAUUUUUAUCUGCCUAGGAUAUUCUGUAUGAAAACUGCUUGAAUGAUUGCAUUAAGCUUACCAUGGCAGAGGUGACAAAGGUACUAGAAGAUGAUUGUUCAUUUUGGCUUUAUUGCUUUUGUUUCCCCACUUUUUUCUUUUUGAACUUUUUUCAAAAGGAUGGAGAUAGUAACAGUGUUGUGUUAAGGCUGUAGACCAAUGUGUAUCUUACUUUGUCUUUCUCAAGAUCUCAGAAUAAUGUAUUUUAUGUUGUGCAAAGUGACAAUUUAUGAUGUAAAUGUUUCAGUAAGUGUUUUCUAUUUCAACAGAUAUUUACAUUAUGAUAAAUUGACAGAUUUU